CAAUAGUGUAUAGACUUUUUGUCUAUGAAGAAUGGGCUGCGCAAUAUCAGGUCUGGCGGCAAAAGCGGAGUUUGGUGAGGUCACUACUGAGGAUGCUGCUGCUGAUGUUGCUGCUGCUGAUGCUUCGUGUCCCAGCGAGGAGCAGAUUCAGAUGAUCAAGGAUUCAUGGAAAGUUAUCCGGGACGAUAUUGCCAAAGUUGGGAUUAUUAUGUUCGUCAGGUUGUUUGAGACCCACCCUGAGUGCAAGGACGUGUUCUUCCUGUUCCGAGACGUGGAGGACCUGGAGAGGCUGCGGACCAGCAGAGAGCUCAGAGCGCACGGCCUCAGGGUCAUGUCUUUUAUUGAGAAAAGCGUGGCGAGACUGGACCAGAUGGAGAGACUGGAAGCGCUGGCUCUGGAGUUGGGAAAAGGACAUUACCACUACAACGCCCCCCCUAAGUACUACAGCUACGUCGGGGCAGAAUUCAUCGGUGCUGUGCAGCCCAUCCUGAAGGAGAGGUGGACGGAGGAGCUGGAGGAGGCGUGGAAGACCUUGUUUCAGUUCGUGACCGGCCUCAUGCAGCGGGGGUACCAGGCGGAGAGCAAGCGCCAGCUGGCCGUCCCCCCGAAGGAACGACCCGACAAGAAGAACACGGCGCUGUGAGCUGCCGCUUCUCCUUCCAACCACCAAGUCCCACUGUUUUUACCGUCCAAUAGAAAUGUCUCGAUGUAUAUACUGUAUUUACUGUCUCCUUUUCAACACAGUCACGGUUUGCCACUUAUUUAAAACGGACAAAAACAAAACUCGCUAUGACUUUCAACGGAGCACUUUAUUUCUGCACGUAUCUUGUGCUGGCGUCCUCUUCCAUGAGGUCAGGACCCGGCAGCAUGAUUCAAACGGCCGACAGCACAUACCAGCUGUCAUUACACCCGCCUUGCAAUUGUGAUUAACAAAAAUGUUCGUCUAACUUGGUCCGUCUUUAUAUUAACUUAGAAAAUGGCUUUCAAUAAAAUCUGCAUUUAACAUUAGUCAUCAUUCAGAAAUCUAAUUCAUAUUUAAAUUACCCACAUUAACCUAAAUAAUACAUUUUGUUUGGGUUCAACGAUUUAAGACGGACAGUUUAUAGUUUGGUAUGAUAAUUUAAAACAAAAAUAUCCAUUGUGCUUUAGGAAGUCAAAUAAAAUGAUUAAAUAAAGUAAAUGUCUACAAUAUCUAGUCUAAUACAA